ACUCGUAAUUUCAUUUGGCUUAUGCAGAAACAUUGAAGAUGGAAGUGAAGCAUGGGAAAACCUAUCUCCUUCGAAUAGUAAACGCCGUGAUGGACGAGAGCCUCUUCUUGGCGGUGGCGCACCACAAACUGGUGGUGGUAGGAACCGACGGUUUCUACACAAAACCAUUCGAAACAAACUACAUCAUGAUCUCCCCCGGCCAAUCCAUGGACCUCUUGCUCAAAGCCGACCAGCCCCCCGCCUCCUACUACCUCGCCGCCGCCGCUUACUCCAGCGCAUUCGGCGCCGGCUUCGACAACACCACAACCACCGCCAUUCUCCACUACCAAUCAUCACCACCACAACAACACAGAAAUGAUCCUCUCCUCCCCCCUCACGACGCCACGCUCGCCUCCACCGAGUUCACGAGGCGCCUCAGAAGCCCACCCGCCGCCGCGAAAAAUCUCCCCACCGAAGUCGACACCCGCGUCCUCAUCACGGCCUCCGUGAACCUCCUGAACUGCAGCGGCUGCGCCGGCCCUUUCGGGAAGAGAUUCGCGGCCAGUUUGAACAACAUCAGCUUCGUGCCGCCCUCCACCGACGUGCUGCAAGCGUACUACCGGAGAAUCGGCGGUGUUUUUGAGGCCGAUUUCCCGGAGAAGCCGGCGAGGGAGUUCGACUACACGGGCGAGAAUCUUCCCGGGGAGGUUCUGGCGGCGGAGAUGGGGACGAGGGCGUUGGUGGUGGAGUACAACGCGAGCGUGGAGAUGGUUUUGCAGGGGACGAAUGUGGUGGCGAGUGAUAAUCACCCGAUGCAUAUGCAUGGGUAUGGGUUCUACGUGGUGGGGUGGGGGUUCGGCAAUUUCGACCCCGAGAAGGGGCCAUUGGGGUAUAAUCUCGAUGACCCUCCGCAGGAGACGACGGUGGGGAUUCCAAAGGAUGGGUGGGUGGCUCUCAGGGGUGUGGUUGCUGCAUUGUCAUUUGGAGAGGCAUCAGAUGUGGGGGAUGAGUACAGUUAUAGUGGUCAAAAAUGGGGCAGCUUCUCACACCAAAUUGCUUCCUCCACCUCAUGA